GCGCCCGCGCGGCGCUGAUGGCCGGGCAGGUGAAGGACCGUGAGGCCUUCCAGAGGCUCAACUUCCUAUACCAGGCCGCCCACUGCGUCCUCGCGCAGGACCCCGAGAACCAGGCCCUGGCGCGGUUUUACUGCCACACGGAGAGGACCAUCGCGAAGCGGCUGGUCUUGCGGCGAACGGGAGAGGGAGCGCGGGCGCCGGGACCAUCUUCCUUCUCCGCCCCCAGGGACCCCUCGGUGAAGAGGACUCUCUGUCGCGGCUGCUCUUCCCCGCUCAUCCCGGGCCUCACCUGCACUCAGCGCCAGAGACGCCGAAGGGGACAGCGCUGGACAGUACAGACCUGCCUAACAUGCCAGCGAAGCCAACGGUUCCUCAAUGACCCAGAGCAUCUGCUCUGGGGAGAUAGGCCUGAGGCCCAGCUGGGGAGCCAGGCAGAUCCCAAACCACCACAGCCCUUGAUAACCAUAGCCCAGCCCCUUCCAGCCCACCUUCCUGAGGAGAAAGUGCAGCCUCAGGACGCCAAUGACCAGUGAUGAAUUCACCCCAUCUUCCAAAUAAAGUUUAAUUCUGUUUUACUUU